ACUAUACAUAAUAGCUGCUGAGGUAGUGGGAGACCUAUCAGAGGGGAGUUGGCAAUACGUAGCUGAACUGUAUCCAAUCACAAUUCUGAGUCUAUCCCAAAAAUACUAGUGAAAAUGGGACAUGUGUGCUUUUUUUUUUUGGUACCGGGGAUCCAACUCAGGUCCUUGCGCUUGCGAAGCAGGCGGCCGAACUACUGAGCUAUAUCCCCAGCCUAACAUUUUUUGUAGUGGUACUUACAAUGGCAAAAGACUAGAAAAAACUCGGAAGGCUCCGGCAGAGGGUUGGAUGAAUAACCUCCUGAUACAUCCGUGUGCUGCUGCAUUCUUGGAGUUGUAAGAGCAAGGAGGAGAUUCAGUGUAUGUUGUGGCAGAUUGAUCUGAGAUACGCAGCAAGGGAUAGAGAGGACAUGGAGUGUAUCCCAUUUUAAAUAAAAAGGCAUGAGGGAGAAGAAAUACAGCUGGGCCUGCACACCCGUAAAUUCUCCCGAGUGUAGAUGGAAAUACAGUUGGCCCCGCAGUGCUUCUGUCUGCACUGAACAUGCAGACUUUUCUUUCUCUUGCCAGUGAUUCCUAAGCAAUACUGUCCAACAGCUAUUCACAGCAUUUCCAUUGGAUUAGGGGUUAUAAGGAACCCAGAGAAAACUUCAACUGUAAAGGAGGAUGUGUGCAGAUUAUAUGCAGAAACGGUGCCAUUUUAUGUAGUGGAGCCGGGAUUUAACUCAGUGAUUCCACCGCCUGCCUCGAAAGCCCAAGGACCCGAGUUCAUCCUCGGUACCAAAAAAAAAUUGUAAUGGACCUGAUUGUGGACCGAAUCCCUGCAGAAACCAAGGCGACUGUGCAUGUGUCCCUUGUUUAAGAAAGGGAAAGUUACACUGAGAACUAAGCAAAAACUAUGGACUCCAGAGAGAGCAGGACGGGCAGGGCCAGAGAUACUAGGUCUUUUUUUUUUUUUUUGGUACCGGGGAUCGAACUUAGGUCCUUGUGCUUGCGCAGCAGGCGGCGAAACCACUGAGCAAAGUCCCCGGCCCACAGAGAUACUAGGUCUUGUUCAAUUGUUCUUACUUUAGAAGUAUAUAAAGGCGUGCUAGUUUUAAAACAUCUGAAAAGAAAAAUAAAUGAAGGCUGCAGAGAGGAAGUCCUGGCCCCUCAGUCUACUGCCAGGCGGGCAGGGCCGGGCGGACACGCGGCUGUGCGGGGCAGCGUGCGCACCAGGCCGCAAACCUCAGGUGGCUGCACUGGCUGGUGCCACCCACUCGGCUUCGCCUUGGCCUCAGGCCGAGCAGGCGAGGCGCCUGAGGCUCCGGGUCUCAGGGCCCAACUGUCGGGGUCUCCUUCAGACCUGCUUCGCAGGGCUCCUGGCCUUCCCUCCCCAGCCCCUCGUCUCCCGCGCGGGAUCUUCAUCGGACCGUCCCACGCGCCGUCUCUCGUUGCAUGUUUGCUUCUCCCGUUUUUCCUGUGUGCGGGGAUCGGCGCCGGGCCCUGUGCGCGCCUCCUACCGCACCACACCGCAGCCCUGGCCCCGCGUCUGAGCAGCGGCGGCCUCGUCCUCCCCAGCUGCACCCCAAUCGAGAGUCAGAGCUGCUAGGUCAGGCAGCGCGAAACAUGGUCCUCCAGGAAGACGCCAUCUUGCACUCGGAAGACGCAAGAAGCUAUUCAGAAGAAUGUCGAACAGUCAUCAGACCUACAGGACCAACUGAAACAUCUCUUGAAAUAGACUGGCAUAGAAGAGGGUAAUAGCACUUCUUUGUCAGAUGCCAAGGAGGAAAUAUCUUGCACAACUGGCUUUCAUUUUCCAUUUUCAUCUCUAAAGUUAACUUAGAAAAGAUUCGUGUUGAUGUAGUUUCUCCUGAAAAGCAACGUGGCUGAGUUUUGGAAGCACUUCUUCAAUUGAACUAACCUGUGCGCUUCAUGAAUUUUUAAGUUGCUCUGUUUAUUUUAUAUUAAAGCAAGAUUGAAAGACA